AUGCCAUUCCAUUAUUACUCAUUUCAAAUUCGUUGUGCACACUGGUUAUUAGCUCGAAUCAGUCUCUUUCAGUCAGUUUGUCUGUUAUUAUGGUUAGGUGAGCGAGCUUAUCAUGAAACAGAGCCCCCUAUUCAUCCAUGGAUAGUUUAUACGUAUAUUGGCUCUGGUUUGAUCGCAUCAACUGGAAUAACGAGUCGUUUCUUGACACGUUUAUCAAUAACGAUAAUCCUCUUAAGUCAGUUGUACAUAACAUAUGCGUUUUGUUUAGAAAAACGUCUAGGGUAUUCAAAAUGUAUCCGUGCACGUAUUAGUUUAAGGUGUUUGACUACGAUUGGUAUAUAUUUUCGACUGCUUGGAGUGAAUGGCUAUAAUGAUAAAUGUAAACAGACAGAUUCACACAAUAAAAAUAAUCAAGUUGAUCAAUUACACAAAAUCAAGCCAACUACAAGUGUUUAUGCUUUUGGCUUAACUAUAAUGUCUGUAUCAUUAUGUUUAUUAAGUAUAUUCUGUAUACCUGUAGAAAUAUUCCAAUUGGAUAGAGAUAUUCAACUGACAGAAAUUAAUUCAACAUUAAUUCUAUCAAUUGACAGUUAUAUAUCUAAAUUGUUAAGUCUAAUUUUAGGUAUAUGUUUGUUAAUAGCUGGUAUUAUCUACUCAAUUCCUGUAAUUAUACAUGACCAAUUUUUAUCAAACAAUAUAUUUUCUUAUAAAAAUUAUUUAUUUCAGUUUGCUGAUUAUCUUAUCGGAUUUUCUUUUUUAAUGUUAUCCUUAAUUCGUGAUUGUAAUUUUAAUUAUUGGCAUAUUAAAGGAUGUGAAUUUUGGUUAGAAAUACGUGUACUUCUAGAGAAUAUUACUAUUCUCUUAGGUAUUUUUGUGAUAAAUAAUUUGCUUAUUAACAAUAGUGUAAGUAGUCUAAAUGAGAAAUAUUUAAAAAAAACAUUAAGAGUGAAUAGUAAAUCAUUAAAAAGUCAAUAA